AUGCAACCGAGGGAUCUUCAACACCGCCAAAGCUGUCCAGGAGGCGCAUAUUACGUGUGCCAAAAUGGUUUCAAAGGUUGCUGUUCCAUCGACCCUUGCAACCCGGGAGCCUCUUGCCCAGAUAUCAGCAGCACCACGUCUAGCACAAGAAAGCCAAGCUCGAUCUCUACAUCAACAGCUGCUGCGACUCCGUCCACAGUCCUCACAUCUUCUCCAGUGACGACAUCCUCCUCUUCGACCACGACUAGCUCGACUACCAUACUACCCACAGCGACUAGCCUGACGUGCCCGGCCGCCAACAUGACAACGUACAUCGACCCCAACAGAGUCAAAUAUUCUAUCAGAUGCAACGCCGACAAUACUUACGAUUCCUUCAACUCUACGACUGUUAGCACAGGAGGAUUUGGCGAAUGCUUUUCGGCAUGUGAUGACUUUGCCGCAUGCGCAGGUUUCACAUUUGUGGGAACUGAUUCGGGAACUUGCUACUUGAAAUCAAAUCUUCCAGAAGACGGCUAUUCAACCACGGCAGGAUCCAACUAUGUGACGGUCGCUUUGCUGAACCGAGAUGCUCAAGUCGACCCACCAGCGGAUGCCUUGCCAACAAACUCCCCCGGCUCCUCGAAAGAUUCUAGGGGUGCGCCUAUCGGGGCCAUCGUUGGAGGUGUGGUUGGUGGUCUAGCUCUCCUUAUCCUUCUUGCUCUGCUCAUAAUCUUUUGCCUGUGCAGAAGACGCAGAAGACGAGAGGAAAUCAAGUCGGCUACCCAGAGCUUUCCGCAAGCACCGCUUGAUGAAUCUCAGCUUGCCAGAGAAGAUUCUGCAAACGCAUUCCUGGCAACUAAAUACGACAAGCCUGCACCAACACCAGCUGCCUACCCUCCGACCGGUCCAGCAGAAGUGGAAGGCAGGCCAGUAUAUCCUUUGGCAAACGUCGGUCCUCCGGCACCAGUUGAGAUGGAUGCGAGUCCUAUGAUGGCUCCAAAAACACCAAUGUCGGCACAACCCAACGAGUCGCCUGUCCUAGGAAGAUAUACUUCUAACGCCUACGCCAACUAUGGGCAGAGCAGUCUUGCAGGAGAUGUGCGCAGGAGACAGCACAGCCGACACAUCAUGAGCUGGAACAACUAUGAUCAGACAAGUGUGGUAUCGCCCCCUUCAUCUACGACCAUGUCUCCAAGGAUCGGCUCUCCUGACAGCCCACAAUUCGUGUUUCUGCACGCAAUUAUCAAUUCCGUCCCCGAUAAGGAUAAUCCCGAGAUAGCCACUGCAACUGCUACAUAUUACUAG